CAAUGAUACAUUGGUCAGCCGAACGUAGAUGGCACACUAUCUGUAUGACGGCUUUCACGGACAUGGCGCCUUGUAUGUAGCCUCCAGCAAGGCUAUUACUCUGCCAAACAUGCCAUUGCAUGACCGUCCUUCCGCAGCUUCAUACGAUCAUAACAAGGCUUCUUCUGAGCCCUCGACUGGCAGGUGCACAUGAACUCACAAUGGGAUUGAGGCUAGGUAGAUGAGCCGCGCUCUGCAUAAAUGUUGGCGGCUGCGCUUACAAUAGCGUAGGCAAACGCAUUACACAGGUAUAUUCCAGCCAACAUUACUGGUUGGAUACGAAGUAUGGAGUUUGGGGGCCAUCUGUAGAAGCUCCUAACUAAUGCAUCCCUUUUCAUUGCUUUUGCUGAUUUUGUGGGCUCAUAUCGGAUCCAUCCUUGGCGUUAGGGCGCAGUUACCGAGUGACCCUUCACCGACAGUCAUUCAAACACAUGAUGAUAUCCAUGUGCGUGCUGAGUUGUUGUCGCUUUAUUAUUUCUCCAAUCACUUUCACACCGUCGAAGAUAGUUUUCCGUAUUUCGGCAAGAAGUGCAGAUGUUCUGUGCAAACAGCACUCGAGACCUGGAGGGAUGCCCAUGAGAGUCUGGCAACAAUCGAACUGUCGUGCCAUUGGAGACAAUUGUCAUGCCAUUCGAUGGGGUCUUUCCAGCGUACACUCAGCAUAGAUAUCCCUCUGAAGGGCAUCGUUCACUGUUGGCCCUUGGUAGUGAUUUUCAUAUUGAGAGUCGUAUGUGCUAUUAGCAAAAUGGUCGUCUUACUCAUGGAAGUGGGAGUCACUCGGUCACUGGUGCACAUGUCAAUGGCCAUCAAUUCAUGGCUUAGACAUCAAUUUUCUCGCUGCAGCCAUGGUACACUAUCGAAAGAAGCCAAUAGUCCAACCAAGGCCUUCAACGAACCAUGUUUCCCCCCAAAGCACAGAUUGUUCACGGUGAUGACCGACUUCGCACAUUGAUGCUAUGGCAGUAUACUCACCGCCAUAAUUGCCGCUUUUAUACAUGGAAGAAAGCAUAUCAUGUGCCAUGCGCCAUAGUCGAUACAGGUAGAAAUCAUGCAUUUAUAGACAGCACUUGAAUUCUGGAAAAGGUAGAUAGAUAAGUUCCG